UUUAAUAUCGAAAAGAAUUACGAAUCAUAUUUUACGUCCAAGAGAAUUGUCUACGAUAAUACGUAAGAAAAUAAUCGAACGAUCGUAAUUGAUUUAGUUUUAAUUGAUUUGUCAAAGUUGUAUUGGUUAUAACUGGCAAUGGACGACGGGAUUAGGUUCGAAGGUGUAAAAAAGAUGGACGCCGGGAUAAGUACGACGGCGAAUGAUAGCGAGUAAAAUAAAGUCGACGGCGAGUGUCGAUUCGACAAAUCAAAUAAUUCAGGACGCGUGUCCUAAGGUUGUUGGUAAGGGACACGUGUCGGUGUUUAGAAAUAUUUCCUGACACGCGUUGGGAUUGCCUUGACACGUGUCUCUCUAACUAUUCGUUUUUAUCCAUGUCUUGUGCGCGCAUGUGUGUGUGUGUGUGGAUGUGUGUAUAUUUAUGUGGAUGUGCAUCCGAGAUCCUUUGAUCGUGAUCGCGAUGGAUGUUAAAGGAUUUCGAAUUCCUGAGUACUCGAACACGAACGAAAAGACGGUCUAUAUAUUCUAAUCUCUUCUAAUGCUCCAUGAGAUUUUUAUAAUAAUCAGGGAUGUAGAUGUAAAAUAAAAGAAGAAAGAGAAAAGAAUAAAAGAGGAAGAUGGAAAAGAGCGAAUAUCAUAAGAAAGUUUGAUUGAUUUCACGAGACGAGAAAGGAUCGUUUGAUUUUGAACUGGUGAAUUAUAAAAAGAAAAAAAAAAAAAAGGAAGAAGGACGAGGAAACAAAAAUUAGGAAAAAUGUAUUCCAUGGACAAUCUAGAAUUGGACAUAAUGAAUCGUCAAUAUAUGUACGAGGCACAUAGUUUUCUUGGUAAUCCAGCGAUUCCAGCUUUGCCUGCUCAUUAUGGUACACCAACGACGGCUAGCCUACCAACGAUUCCAUCGCAAUUACCGUCGCAUCCUUCCGGUAGUACCGGAAGUACAAGCGGUAGCGACGUUUAUCCUUACGAUGAGAACAGCAGUGACAACGAGAGCGUCUACAGCAGCGAUCAAGAGAAUCAUGCGAGAGAACGAAGCAGAAGCCGAAGUCGUGGCAGCAGACGAAACGGUGUCGGUGGGAAAUGUCCAAGGCAGGCUGUUCAACAACGACAGGCUGCAAACAUGCGUGAGAGGCGACGUAUGCAGAACAUAAACGACGCGUUCGAAGGUUUAAGGGCUCAUAUACCUACAUUGCCCUACGAGAAGAGGUUAUCGAAGGUCGACACUUUAAAACUGGCCAUUGGUUAUAUAAAGUUCCUCAAUGAACUUGUUCGUGCUGACAAAGGAAACGACCCUCUAACGGGAAACGGUGGUCAUUCAAGGUGUUCUGGACGAGAUGACACCAAGAAGAUCAUAGUUCGUGGAAGCGGUGGCAAUCCCUUUAUCUCUCAUUCUCUUUCCUGGUCAAGAGAAUCGGACGUUUCGUCGAAUGGUACUAUGUAUGCUAAGGUUUGGACGCCUGAAGAUCCGAGAACAGCAAAAACCGGAACGACUUACGAGUAAAGAAUUCUCUUUCAUUUCCUUCCUGUCUUUUAUCCAUCUCCAUCUUUGUCUUGAUUAGAUAAAAAAAAAAGAAGAAAAAAAUAAGGAAAGGAAAAGAAUAUGAAAAAAAAAAAAAAAGAAGAAAUAAUCAACACCAGCCCUUCUCUUCCGACCUACUUCACCUCAUCCUUUUGAGAAUUCUUCAAAUCUCGAAACAACCGAGGGAUUUCGUAACGCGUGUUAUUUAGUGUCUAAGAUGGUGAAAUUUAUAAAAGAUCAAAUCGUCUAGUCUAUCGUGAAUUUCUAGAAGAUCGAGCGGAAGAACUUCGCGAGGAAAAGAAAAGGAAAAAACAAUGAGGAGAAAAAGAAAGAGAAGAAAGACAAAUCUAAUCUAGUCCAACUUCAAUCGAGUCGAAUAAUUCGCUCUCGCGA